UGCUUGGCUCAGGAAGUACAGACCGACUGGUUAAGUUACCCUUCACAGACAAACUCCCUAGCAUCAUAGCAGACUCCAAGGUGAAGGACAUGGGCCUUGCCGAGUUCGGCCGCAAGGAGUUGACUUUGGCGGAGCAUGAGAUGCCAGGUCUGAUGGCAGCAAGGAAGGAGUUUGGACCAGCGCAGCCUUUCAAGGGUUUGAACAUCAACGGCUCGCUCCACAUGACUAUCCAGACAGGUGUCCUCAUUGAGACCCUUCAUGCUUUGGGCGCCAAAGUGCGCUGGUGCUCUUGCAACAUUUUCAGCACCCAGGACCAUGCUGCUGCAGGCAUUGCCAAGGCUGGCACUGCGACAGUCUUCGCAUGGAAGGGAGAGACCCUGCCAGAGUACUGGUGGUGCACUGAGCAGAUGAUGACGGUGCCAGGUGCUGAUGGUUGCGACCAGCUCGUGGAUGAUGGAGGUGAUGCUACUUUGCUCGUCCACAAGGGCAAGGAGUUGGAGGAGAAGUUUGCCAAGGAUGGCAGCCUCCCUGAUCCUGCAAGCACCACCAACGCCGAGUUCAAGUGUGUCUUGCAGGUGCUGAGGGACUCCAUCCAGGCCGACAAGACCAAGUACACCCGCAUGGCUGCCAAGUGCAAGGGUGUCAGUGAGGAGACCACCACAGGUGUGCAUCGCCUUCGCGAGAUGGCGGCCAAGGGUGAGCUGCUUUUCCCUGCCAUCAACGUCAACGACUGCGUGACCAAGUCCAAGUUCGACAACGUGUAUGGCUGCCGCCACUCUCUGCCUGACAGCAUCAUGCGUGCCACUGAUGUGAUGAUUGGUGGAAAGCGCGCCCUCGUGGCGGGCUACGGAGAUGUCGGAAAGGGAUGCGCCUUCGCCAUGAGGGGUGCUGGUGCCCGUGUGCUGAUCACUGAGAUCGACCCCAUUUGCGCUCUCCAGGCGUGCAUGGAAGGCUUCCAGGUGGUGACGAUUGAAGAAGUCGUGGGCGAGGUUGACAUUUUCACCUCUGCCACCGGCAACUUCAAGAUCAUCACCUUGGAUCACAUGAAGAAGAUGAAGAACAACGCCAUUGUGUGCAACAUUGGACACUUCGACAAUGAGAUCGCAAUGGAGGACUUGGAGAACUUCCCUGGCAUCAAGGUCGAGAACAUCAAACCACAGGUGGAUCGCUUUGUCUUCCCUGAUGGCCACGGUGUGAUUGUGUUGGCAUCUGGCCGACUGGUGAACCUGGGCUGCGCCACUGGCCAUCCAUCCUUCGUGAUGUCAUGCUCCUUCACCAACCAGGUCUUGGCCCAGCUUGACAUCUUGGAGAAUUGCACCAAGGCGAAGAAUUACAAGAACGACGUGUAUCUGCUGCCAAAGAAGCUUGAUGAGAAGGUGGCAGCUCUCCACUUGCCGGCCUUGGGCGCCAGCCUCACGAAGCUCUCCAAGGAGCAGGCCGAGUACAUUGGCGUGAAGCCCGAAGGUCCUUUCAAGAUGGACCACUACCGUUACUAAACCAGCGAGGUGUGCUUGCCGGCCGUCCACGGCCAACAUUCAUCUUUCUCGAUCCGUUUUGCAUGUCCACCUUGGCGACGUGUCUGAUGCAUGGAUCCCGAGGGUUGGCGACCAGCAGAAAGGAAGA